AUGAUGACUGCAUUGGCUAUUAAGUAUGAAGCUGAUUUUUCGAAUCAAGAGAAUAAAAUGGGAAUAAAUUUUAAAUCUGAUACGAAACAAUAUAUCGAAUUAGAUGAUAAAUUAAUGAAUUCUACUAUAAAUGGAACAAAUGAUCCGAAUAUGAAAUAUUCAUCAUCAUUAUUUUCAAUGACAGGAACAGCGGCUACAGUAGAAUUUACACCAUUAUCAUCGACAACCAUAUCAACAACAAUAACACCAUCAUCAUUAUCUUCAUCAAAAUUAUCACAAUGUGUUGGUUGUGGUUUAAUAAUUUACGAUCCAUUUAUGUUAAAUGUUCAACCAAAUUUGAAAUGGCAUAUACGUUGUUUAAAUUGUUCAAAAUGUUUACGUUCAUUAAUGAAUGAUUCAACUUGUUUUGUACGUGAUUGUAAAGCAUAUUGUAGAGAAGAUUAUUUUAAUAAUUUCCUAUAUCGUUGUGCUGGAUGUUAUCGAUUAAUUGAUAAAAUGGAUUUAGUAUUUCGUAUACGAUCACGUACAUUUCAUUUAGAUUGUUUUCGUUGUGUUAUUUGUGAGAAACUAUUACAGCCAGGUGAAGAAAUUGCUUAUAGAAAUGAACAAGUCUAUUGUUUAAUACAUUCUCAUCUUAUACAAAAAUUUCCAAAAUCAAUCAUCACCAUGAUAGUAGUGAAAAUGACAAUAACAAUGAUACUACUACUACUAUUAAUAAUAAUAGUAAUAAUACUAUCCAUACUGAUAAUAAUAACGAUAUAG